AAUGUAGUCACGUGAUGCGCGAUGGCUCACUUGAUGUGUCACAUGAUUUUGAUAACAAGGAAGAACCACUGCUUUUUAAGUUUUAAUCAGUUUUAAUCGAGCCACAGUUUGUAAAAGCUGUUCUAUACAUUUGUUUUCUAUGUGUUGAACGCACUUAUAAGAUGUAGUUUUUCUGAUCUGAUAUUUUCCCUGCAAAUGCAGAAUGCGACAACAUGAGUUUGUUCAGACAAUUAGGAAACGUUUUAGUUUGCGUUUUUUAUGUGUGGAGUUUUCACCUUAUAUUUGGAUACAGUGUAUACGGAGACGAACGUCUUGAGCUUAGCCUGAAUGGAAAAUGGAUCCUACAGAACUCGAAUGGAUCUUUGUUGUUUCCUGCUGAGGUACCGGGAUGUGUCCAUUCAGCUCUGCUAAAACAGGGCUUUAUCCAGGAUAUCUAUUUCAGGUUCAACGAUGUAGCUUACAGGUGGAUUGUCCUGGACAACUGGACAUACACCAUUUCAUUCUCUCCCUCCAAUGAGCUCAGGGCUAAACAAAGAGUCCGGCUGGUGUUUGAAGGGGUGGACACCGUAGCGUCCAUCUUUCUUAAUGGAGUCAUCACUGGAAAUACAGAUAACAUGUUCCGCAGAUAUGAGUUCAGCGUUGGCAAGAUGUUGAGAGGAGGGGAGAACAAUGUGGAGGUGCGCCUCCUCUCCCCUGUGGUGUACUCCUUGGAGAGGAGUCAGGCCCACUCCUCCUACGCUGUUCCUCCUGACUGCCCUCCGCCGGUCCAGAAGGGAGAAUGUCAUGUCAACUUCAUAAGAAAGGCCCAGAGUUCCUUCAGCUGGGACUGGGGACCCUCGUUUCCCACUUUGGGACUGUGGAAGGGCGUCCGUCUCGAGGCUUUCAAUGUGCUACGACUGAUCCACCUCUCCGCUGUACCAGUCUAUAACUCCUCUUUGUCUCAGUGGGUGGUGGAGGUGGAGGGGUUGUUUGACGCUGUGGAGCAGACCACAGUCCGGGUCAGCCUCUCAGUUGUGGAGCUGUGGACGGAGGAGGCGUUCACUGUGCGCUUUCUUCCUGGAACGCACAAGUGCUCCCUCAGCCUCUAUGUCAACCAGAGCAGCCAGGUGAAGCAGUGGUGGCCCACUGGCCAUGGUGAGCAGCCCUUUUAUCGUCUCAGAGUGACAGGAGCCAUGAUGGGGGGCGAGGUCAUCCUCAGCAUGGACACAAAGGUGUAUUUCCGUACAGUGGAGCUGGUCCAGGAGCCAAUAGCUGGUUCCCCCGGACUGAGUUUCUACUUCCGGAUUAACGGAAAGCCAAUUUUUUUGAAGGGGUCAAACUGGAUCCCAGCUCAUGCCCUCCAGGACCUGGUCAGCCCUGCUGAUGUACGGAACCUGCUGCAGUCAGCCGUAGAUGCUAAUAUGAACGCCCUCAGAGUCUGGGGGGGAGGAGUCUAUGAGCAGGACCUGUUCUACGAUCUCUGUGAUGAGAUGGGAGUCAUGAUCUGGCAGGACUUCAUGUUUGCCUGUGCCAUGUACCCCACGGAGUCAGACUUCAUUCAGACCAUUAGAGAAGAGGUCAUUCAACAGGUGAGGCGUCUGAAGUCCCACCCCUCAGUCAUUGUGUGGAGUGGAAACAAUGAAAAUGAGGCAGCCCUAGCCACUGAUUGGUUUAAAAUCCCUGUUGUCCAGCGACCACAGUAUUAUACAGACUAUGUGUCUCUGUAUGUGGAUAACAUCAGGGCUAUUGUUCUGGAGGAGGACGGUAGUCGUCCAUUCCUGGUGUCCAGUCCCACUAACGGGGCCGAGUCACAGUGGGAAGGUUGGGUGUCCCGGGACCCGUACAACCUCCACUACGGAGACACGCACUAUUACAACUACACCCACGACUGCUGGGACUGGACGGCCCUGCCGCGCGCACGCUUCGCCUCGGAGUACGGCUUCCAGUCCUGGCCCUCCUUCUCCACACUGCGGAAGGUGUCAAAACCUGAGGACUGGAGCUAUGGCAGUACCUUCUCCCACCACCGCCAGCACCAUGCGGAAGGGAACCAGCAGAUGCUGAAGCAGGCCGGGUUACACUACCACCUCCCAGACUCCCCUGAUUCUCUGCAGAGAUACAAAGACACACUGUACAUCACACAGGUGAUGCAGGCCCAAUGUGUAAAGACCCAGACAGAGUUCUACCGGCGCAGCCAGAGUGAAAUCAUUGAGGGGAAGGGUCACACCAUGGGAGCUCUCUACUGGCAGCUCAAUGACAUCUGGCAGGGCCCGUCUUGGUCCUCUAUAGAGUUUGGUGGGAAGUGGAAGAUGCUACAUUACUUUGCUCAGGAAUUCUUCUCCCCACUGCUGCCGGUGGGCUUUGAGGAUCAGGGCGUUCUCCUGGUGUAUGCUGUGUCCGACCUGAGCCAUGACCUUCACCUCAAGGCUGUGGUUUCAGUGUACGGGUGGAGCAGUGUGGAUGCAGUGUGUACUGUGGUGUCUGGGACUGCACUGGUGGGAGGAGGGAGCGCGGUGGUCAUCCACAAACAGCCAAUCACAGCCCUGUUGGCUGGGUGUGGUAGCGGGAGCUGCACCCGCCUCACCUGUCUCAUGACAUAUCACCUGGAGGACAUCAACGGUUGCCAACAAGGUCCCAUCAACCACCUCUUCCUCAGUUCACCCAAAGAAGCCCAUGGGAUGCUGAAACCCAACAUCACAUUCUCCGUCCAGCAGGAUGAGGUCAGACGAUACACCAUCAACCUGCGCUCCUCUGCCGUGGCGGCCUUCGUGUGGCUGGAUGCGCUGGAUGUCCCUGGACGCUUCAGCACCAACGGAUUCCUCAUGGUCACAAGGAACAGAACUGUCACCUUUGACCCCUGGGGUCCUACAAGCACCAAGCAGUUAGUCCAGGCCCUGACGAUCACCAGCCUCAGAGAUGUGUAUUGAGGGACUACCCAGCACCUAGCACUGGCCCUGACCAUCACAACUUAAAUGUCUAAAGACUGAAAUGGCAACAUAUACAAUAUAGUCCUCUCCUUUUGACCAGGGUGCUCUGGUGUUAUGUAGUGGACUAUGUAGGGAAUAAGGUGCCAUUUGGGAUGUCCAUAUCCAGGGGUUAACCCAGACCUGGACCUCAAUAAUCAAGUGCCUAAAGCAAUGUGAUUUGCCCUACCCUGGAAACCUCCAAGACAGGUUUUUGGAUGGACCAUGUUGGGUGUGGGCUUUGUUGUAAAUAAGACAAAUUAAAUUUGCAAUAAUAAAGUAAAUGAAGGUUG